GGUCGAUAUGACACAUCAAAGAAAGCAGAACUUCUGCAGAAUUAAAGGAAUUAAUUUGGAGUGCAUGUCAAUAAAUUUAUUUAUACAAUAUGGUACAUUCUAUAAAAGAGGUGGAAAAAGUUUUUAAAGAGGCGCUGGAGGAAAUCUCUACGGAUGGGUUGGAAAAAAUCUCUACAGAUCAGGGUGUCUUCGUAGAUGAGUUGGAGCGAGUUUCUACAGAGGAUUUGGAGGCUAUAUUUGCGGACGAAUUAGAAGCUGUCUUAACCGAUGAGCUGCAGAAAGUCUUCAGCAAUAAGCUGGAGGGAGUUGGCGUAGAAGAACUGGAGAAAAUCUUUUUGGACAAAAUAGAGCACGUUUUUGUUGAUAAUCUGGAGGGAGUCUUUAAAGAUGUGCUGAGGGGAAUAUUUAAGGAGAAACUGGAGGAAGUUUUCAGUGACAAGCUGGACGGUGACUUCCCCGACAAGCUGAAGAAUGGCACUUUGGAUAAGCUGAAAGGAGCCCUUAUUGACAAGCUGAAAGAUGCCCUUACCGACAAGCAGAAGCGGGAAUUUAUCCGUAAGCGAAGACAAGGUUAGAAAAGGAGGCUAUUUGACGUUAUUGUUUUCCUAAGGCCCAAUGAUGCCGUACCAUAUGCUCUCGUCAGAAUUUAUAAUUUAUUUUUAUCUUUUUUAAAACCCUUACCAUAAUAUGGAGGGUAUAUUAAGUUUUGUAAUUCCAUUUGUAACAACUCGAAAUAAAAUUUUUUGGU